ACAUGCUCCUCGACCUCAGCGACCUGCUCCAGGUGAACGUUUACGUGCUGGGCAAGACGUUCCUCCUCCUGGCAAGAGAGCUCUGCAUCAACGCGCCGGCCAUAGACCCCUGCCUGUACAUCCCACGCUUUGCCCACCUGCUGGAGUUCGGCGAGAAGAACCACGAGGUGUCCAUGACGGCCCUGAGGCUGCUGCAGAGGAUGAAGAGAGACUGGAUGCACACGGGCCGCCGGCCCUCGGGGCUCUGCGGGGCAGCACUUCUGGUUGCAGCCAGGAUGCAUGAUUUCCGGAGAACCGUCAAGGAGGUCAUCAGCGUGGUCAAGGUGUGCGAGUCUACUCUGCGCAAGAGGCUCACGGAGUUUGAAGACACGCCCACCAGUCAGCUGACCGUGGACGAGUUUAUGAAGAUUGACUUGGAGGAGGAGUGCGACCCCCCGUCCUACACGGCCGGGCAGAGGAAGCUGCGGCUGAAGCAGCUUGAACAAGUCCUGUCGAAACAGCUGGAGGACGUGGAAGGUGAAAUAACCACCUACCAGGAUGCCAUUGAGAUUGAGCUAGAAAACAGUCGGCCCAAGGCCAAGGGGGCGCUUGCCAGCCUGACGAAGGACGGUUCCGUCGAGGACUCCACGUCCAGCUUGUUCGGGGAGGAGGACACCGAGGAUGAGGAGCUGGAGGCUGCGGCCAGCCACCUGAACAAGGACUUCUACCGGGAGCUGCUCGGAGGCGGCAUCCCUGGCGGCUCGGAGGCGGCGGGGGGCCCCGAGGAGGGCAGGAGGCCCCCGGCGCUGGAGUCCCUGCUCGGGCCCCUGCCCACGGCGGCCAGCCUGGGCAUCUCGGACUCCAUCCGAGAGUGCAUCGCCUCCCCAAGCCACGAGCCCAAGGACGCCUGCGGGGACGGGGAGCUGGACCUGAGCGGCAUCGACGACCUCGAGAUCGACCGGUACAUCCUGAACGAGGCGGAAGCCCGCGUGAAGGCUGAGCUAUGGAUGCGGGAGAACGCUGAGUACCUGCGGGAGCAGAAGGAGAAAGAAGCGAGAAUCGCGAAGGAGAGGGAGCUGGGCACCUACAAGGAGCACAAGCCCAAGAAGUCCUGCAAGCGCCGGGAGCCGAUCCAGGCCAGCACGGCCGGGGAGGCCAUCGAGAAGAUGCUGGAGCAGAAGAAGAUCUCCAGCAAGAUCAACUACAGCGUGCUGCGGGGCCUGGACGCGGGGGGCGGCCCGCCCGGGGAGGACGGGCCCCCACCCCGGGAGCACGGCCUCCCGCCCGGGGGGGACACGGGCCCCCAGGGGGAGGCCACCCGGCCCCCGGAGCGGGCCAGCGCCCGGAGGCUGUCCCGACGGAGGACGCCCUCCAGGAGAAGCCGGCCUGACCCCUCAACCAGCGUGGGCAAGAGGUUGAGGCCGUUGGCAUCGACGCAGCCGGCGAAGAAGGUGGCUCUGGGAGAGGCCUCACUCCCGAGCGCCCGCUCCCUGGAGGCCGAGCGUGUCAGGCCCACGGCGGUCGUGGUGGAGAGCGGGCCUGUGUCGUACCACGCGGACGAGGACGCGGAGGAGGAGGACGCGGAGGAGGAGGACGGGGAGCCCUGCGUCAGCGCCCUGCGGAUGAUGGGCGCCAAUGAUUACGGCUGUGACGGGGAUGACGACGACGGUUACUGAGGCGGUCUCACAUCCGGCACGUCUGCGGGUGGUCCUGCCGCUGGCUCCCAAGGGUCUGGCAGCCUUGGGUGAGCCCCUGUGAGCAGCGAGCCUCAGCGAUGAGACGGGUGCCCCGCUGCCUGGCGGCCCUCAUGCACAGCCGCCCGUGACCUCGUGGCCCUUGCUGUCGGGAUCCUGAUCUGAGCAGCGUGAGGAGUGUGUCUGUUUCUCGGCAGAGCUGGGUCUCGUGGCCCAGGAACCCUUGCUCGUGGCUCUGCCGUGUCCUAUGGCGAGAAACUGAGGCCCAGGGAGGCCCAGCCACGUGUCCAGGCUCGUGGAGGCCCAGCGGGGGCCGGACCCUGCUCUGCCCCGGGGCCGGGAGCCUGCGCCCCUCACUUCUUUGCCACGUCUGAGAGAAGCACUUUGCGUCCAGCUGAUGCUCAGCCAGGCCCUCCCCGCUUGCCCGGGCCCGGGGACCCCACAGACGUGCACCGAGGAGCCCACAGUCUGCCUGGCCCCGCAGGGUGGCGGCACCUCUCACCAGGCGCACACGCAGCUGUCCGGCCGCCUCCCUCCCAAGCUGCACCUGGGUCCCUGUCCUUGGUGGCGUGGCUGGCAGAGGCUCUCUGUUGGCAACACUCGGAACUCCUGGGCCAGCCUUGCUGCUGGAAGGCCCAGAGCCCUUGCCCUGGCCUUGGGCGUGGCUGCGCGGGGGCCGUCCAGAAGGGGCCCACAGAGGCUUCCGCUCCUCCAGGCCAGCCUCGGCCACCCACCCCUCACAGUGGCAGAGCCGUAGCAGCCUGCCUCCGGGGCUCACCGGGGGAUGUCAGGGCCCUCGCUGUGCCCCUUGGCCGGGACCCCAGGGUGCCUGGUGGGCUGGAGUGGAAGGCUGGCUGGUGAAACACAGAGAUGGCUGCUGGAGCCGAAGCUCACUGAGCGUGUGGUGUGCGGCUCUGUCUGGCCCUGGCGGAGCGAGCUUAGGUGGGGUGCUGGGCCUCCAGGCUCCACGGGCACCCGGUUGUCAGCUGGGGAACCGGUGACACGCCCACUGUCGCAGGAAGCCCCUGGGCUCCCGCAGAGGCUCUUAGAGGGGCCUCGUGGUUGGGGGGCCCCGCCCCGCACAGGGAGCAGGUGCUUCGCUGGGCUGGAGCCUGGGAGCCUCCGGGUCGGGGAGGAGCUGGCGGCUGUGGGGAGCGCCCGGGCCACGCGUGCUGUGUUCUAGACGCAGAGGUCUGGCUGGACGCUUCCCCGGGAGGUGGACGGGAGGCCAGCCUGCAGGCCCCCGCCCCGGAGCUCCCUUCACAGAGGAGAGGCUGAUGGCCCUGCGGGGCACGAGGGGGAUGGUCAGGCCUGCCUGAAGAGGAGAGGCUGCUGAGCGGGGGGCGGGGGAGCGGCCGAGCACGUCUGGGGAGGAGAACAUGGGGGGCAGCCGCGGAGGCUGGGCCCUCAGCUGCACCCACUCAGGUUGACAUCAGCAGGGUCUUCUGUGGGCGCUUGCCCGAGCAGGGCACACGGCUGGCCACCAGGCUCCACGCAGCGCCGGAGCGGCUAGGGGAGGUGGCUUGCCUCCCCCGGGGCCCAGGGCGGCCCAUCCCCGCCGCGUGCCCUGCCCCUCCUCGGGGGUGUUCUGGUCUCCCCGUCAGUCUCACUUCCCCAGCUUGUCCCCCUGCAGGGCCUGCACACCCGCGUUGCACACCUGUGCGCAGACACGCCAGUGUCCCCGGGGCCACCAUCAGGGUGCCAGGUCCCGGGCUCUGAUGAGCCCAGGUCCACCCCCAGCGGGGCUGAGCUCUGGGGCCUGAGGCCCGACGGAGCCUUGGGCACCCUCACGGUGUGUCUGCAGAGGACGUGGCACCUGCUGGCACCCGGCCCACGCCACGCUCCAUGACCGCAUGCCCUUCCCGCCCCUCUGGGCCACGGAGCCGGGACCAUGGGCGCCCUUCCUGGCAGGACUGGAUGGGCCACGGCGUGCCACUCGCUGCCUCGGGCCCCCCAAGAAGGGGGAGCAGGCCCGAGACACCCCCAGUGCCCACAGGUGGCAGGGAGCCCCAUCCCGAGCCAGCUUGCCCGGGGCCCGGCCUGCACACCUGCCCGCUCCCGGCGGCUCCCCGCACUCUCCUGGCUCGCACCAUCGUGCCUCCAGACAGGCAGUAGGGUUGGUGGCUGCUUCUGUCACCACGGCCCCUGCGGGCACUGGGGGGAGUCUCUCUGAGGGAGGGGCAGCUUCUGGGGGGCCCCUGAGAACCAGGGUCCCUGACGCUCUUUCUGGCAGAGCCCAGCCUGAGCGCCCACUGUGCCCUGCCCACUGGCAGCCCCACAAACGCUGCUCCCACGGCUCAGCGCUGGGCGAGGUGCAGACCAGCCCUCCCCAUCGUGCCACCCCAGGCCGAUGCCCUCCUUCCAUCCAGCGCUUGCCCUCCCCGAACCCCUCUGCUGUCUCCACACCCUGGCCCUCCAUCUGUUCCUCGGCGGGCUGGAGCGCUGGCUGAGUGAGGGCUGCGAGUCCGGGACCAGGAGAGGGGCCCCUGUCCCUCCUGGGCUGAGGGGGGCCCCAGGAGGGCGAGGGUGUUCCCGGUCCCCAGGUUGGGGCUGCCCUGGGGGCCCCUGAAGGCCCCAGGUCACCGGGGGCUGGACUUGUCCAGCCUGCCUCGAGGGGCCCAGCCCCCCACGGCCACCUCCCCCUGGCCGCCCUUAGGCUGCCAGGCCAGCGUCCUGCUUCCGCCUCCCGGGCCCCAGGUGGGGUCCAGCACAGACCCUGGGGACACUGCUCCCUGCACAAUAAAGGCUGCCUUUGAAGCCGCGA